AUGACUGAAUGCCGACCUUCUCCAUCCCUCCUGAGCAGAAAGCAGCCAUGGCGUCUACCAGUGUCAACGUACGCUUCUGUCUGCAUGGCUGUACUGUCCCUCCUCCUCGCUCCAGCACUUGGACAACUGGAUCUCAACAGAUUGGAUGGUGAUACUGUCUGCCCACCAAUGAGAAAUGGACAAGACGACCUACCAGGUUUUGAUCUGAUCACCCAGUUCCAGCUCGACGUGAUCCCUCUGAAAGGUGUGAGGAAGGUGGAGGGCUCCACUUCCCUCCAGGUGGCAUACCGGCUCGACAGGGAGGCCAACUUCCAAAUUCCAACCAGGCUGAAUUUUCCCCGUGGCUUCCCUGAUGAAUACUCCUUCAUGGUGACCUUCCGCAUGAUCAAGAACACAGUCAACAAGGUGUGGAAUGUCUGGCAAAUCGUGGACGAAGACGGUCGCAAACAAGCCGGUCUGAGGCUGAACGGAGACCAGCAGGCCCUGGAAUACUUCCUGAUGGGCGCUGACGGCAACCUGCAGACCGUCACCUUCCCUGGUCUGUCCGUGCUCUUCAACACCAAGUGGCACAAGGUGAUGAUCGGCGUGGAGCGCGACCAGGUCACUCUGUCCGUGGACUGCCAGCCUGUGGAUCAGAAACCCAUCAAGGGCAAAGGCCCCAUCACCACAGAGGGAGACACGCUGAUCGGUCGACUGGAUGCAGAUGCUGAUGCCUCAGUAGUGUUUGAGCUCCAGUGGAUGUUGAUUCACUGCGACCCAAAGAGAGCCCAGAGAGAGAGCUGCAAUGAGCUGCCUGCCACUGAGAUGUAUGCCAAUGCUGAGCCAGAGAAACCAAUCCAAGGCCCACCAGGUGCCCCUGGCCCAGAGGGCCCCCGAGGGCCACAGGGAGAGGAUGGCAGGGAUGGGAGAGAUGGUCUACCCGGAUCACCUGGCAGUCCAGGUGCUCCCGGCAGCAAAGGGGAUCAGGGGGAGAUCGGUCUUCCUGGACAGAGAGGUCUGCCCGGCCUUCCAGGACCUGCUGGAUCUCCUGGCCCAAUGGGUCCUAGAGGGCCUGUAGGGGAAAGAGGACUUCCUGGCUUUCCUGGACCAGCAGGUCCUCCUGGCCCAGCGUCUGAAGGACCCGCUGGACCACCAGGGAAACCAGGAAUCCCAGGAGAUGAGGGAAACAUUGGGCCUGAGGGCCCUCCAGGUCCCAGAGGAGGAAUUGGCCUCCCAGGCCCUCCUGGCCCUGCUGGACCACCUGGGCCUGCAGGACCGCCUGGUGCCAACACAGAGGGAAGUGGGGAAGCUUGUCCUGCCGCCUGCCCUGCUGGGCCACAGGGAAACCAUGGGCUGCCAGGAAUGAAGGGACACAAAGGCAUGCCUGGUGAACCCGGAAAAGAUGGAGAAGCCGGAGAGAAGGGGGAAACUGGACCCAAAGGUGCUCAGGGUCCUCCAGGACGCAUGGGUGACGAUGGGCAAAGAGGGCCCAUUGGAUUCCCUGGGCCUACAGGAGAGAAAGGAGACAGAGGUCCUCCUGGUUUCAAUGGCAUCCCUGGACCCACCGGCCCACCUGGAGCUCCUGGUGUGGAGGGCAUCCGAGGACGCCAAGGUUUGGAGGGGCCUAAGGGUGACGAGGGAGCUAUGGGACCUCAGGGAGUGCAGGGUCCUCAAGGAGAUAAAGGAGAGACUGGAGAGCCUGGCAAAGAUGGCCUGGAUGGACUUCCCGGGGUUGAUGGUGCCAAGGGAGAGCCUGGCGUUCCUGGCACCGUGGGCGUCAGGGGGAUCGUGGGUAUUCCAGGGCUGCCAGGGAAGCAGGGAUUAGUUGGACCUGCUGGUCCAAAGGGUGACGUUGGUGCUGAAGGACCCAUCGGGCCUGUUGGACUCCCUGGAAAAACUGGUGAGCCUGGAGCAGACGGGGAAGAUGGGAAACCAGGAGACAAGGGAGCCACUGGUGAAACAGGGAAGCAGGGACCAGUGGGGCCUGCAGGUCCACCAGGAAUCGAGGGUGAGAAAGGAGACAAAGGAACCACUGGCGCCAAAGGAAUGAAAGGUCAUACUGGACACAAAGGCGAUCAGGGGCCGAUGGGGCCAAUGGGACCAAAGGGAAGUGAGGGAAACCCAGGACUGACAGGAGAUCCCGGGGUUAAGGGAGACCAGGGCCCUCCCGGUAUUCCUGGAAUCAAAGGAGAGGCUGGAGAGAAAGGCCAGAGAGGCGCCACAGGGGCUGACGGCAGACCAGGCCAGCCGGGCCACGAGGGUUUGUCUGGUCCGAUGGGAGCUCGUGGCCUGGAGGGAGAGAGGGGUGUUCCUGGAGCACCAGGCCCCAGAGGUUUACCUGGUCCCAAAGUGUCGGAUGCCCAACUUCGAGAAAUGUGCUCAGCCAUUGUUGAAGAGCAAUUAGCCGAGUUUAAAAAAGAACUUCUCAAGAGGCCAGCACCCAUUGGUGCUCCUGGUACCCCUGGACCAGCAGGACCACCUGGCCCCGCUGGACCGGCUGGAGCAGCAGGAGCAGCAGGGGCUCCAGGGCCGAUGGGUCUCAAAGGCCACCCAGGCUUCCUUGGACUUCCCGGCAUACCGGGCAAGAACGGUGAUGCUGGGCAAAAGGGAGAUAAGGGAGACAAAGGAGACGAUGGUGUAGGAAUCAAGGGAAGCCCAGGCACGCCAGGUGCACCAGGUGCACCAGGUCUCCCUGGCAUUGGAAAGGAUGGCAAAGAUGGAGAACGGGGUGAGACAGGAAGUCCCGGUGCACCAGGAGCACCUGGUCCAAGGGGGGCCACAGGGGCCCCAGGCCUUUGUGACCCCUCAACAUGUGUAGGCAGAAUUCCACCUCUCUAUAUGGUCAGUGGGAAGAAGUCUGCCAGCUACAAAAACUAA